AUGUUCCGUCCUGAAUGCGCCGAGGUCUGUAGCUUUCAGUCGAGCACCUGGAUCCUUGAUCGAGCUAUACGUCAUCCAGUAGUUGGCUCUCCAACCACUGCGCAUCAUAAGGCUACUAUAAGAGUGCUAAGAUAUUUGAAGAAUGCACCAGUGAAUGGUCUUUUCUUUCAUGUCAACACUGAUUUCACGUUUACUGAUUUUACCGAUGAUGAUUGGGCUACAUGUCCCGAUUCAAGACGAUCCGUUUUAGGCUACUGUUUCUUUUUAGGCACCUCUUUGAUCUCUUGGAAGAGUAGUAAGAAGCAAACUGUGUCUCAAUCUUCCUCUGAGGCCAAAUAUCGAGCGCUUGCGAAUGCCACAUGUGAAGGUCUUUGGCGGUUGAGGUUGUUGCAGGUUCUUGGAGUUGAUCAUGAUUGGCUUUUCACGCUAUACAGCGACAGCCAAUUCACUCUUCAUAUGGCUGCUAAUCCGGUAUUGCACGAACAAAUCAAGCACAUUGAGACAUAUUGUGUGCGAUAA